AGUGGAUAGGUAUAUAUAUAUACGAGUAAAACAGAGUACUCAUUGUAACACAUGUACAUCGGACUCUGAACAACCAGCCUACUUAAACAAGUUAUCAAACGACAUCGGCUGGAAACAAUAGCCAAGCAAAUGAUGGAAGUCUCAACGGAAAACCAAACAAUGUAUAUUUCAACACAAAAAUUGCUUACGUCAUCAGUCAAGCAUGUCACAGACCAAACAACGACAUCGAUGAGUAUUCUGAUCGAUCAAACAACUUAUUUCUCCCAAGAUGUGCACAUGAAUGGAACUAUAUCUGAAAAUGAUAAUUUCAUGUCCAAUUCAGAAAUUGCACAAAAACUGCUGCCUGUCACCAUUUAUAUUUACAUUUUAAUGUGUUUUGGCCUUCUUGGAAAUUCGGUGGUAGCAUAUGUGUAUAUAUUUACAUGGAAAUCAACAACCGUCAAAUAUUUCAUUGGUUACUUAGCAACACUCGACCUGAUCACUUCCGGUUUGUGCAUGCCACUGGAAAUUGUCUUGUAUACCAAUCCGAUAACAGCCAACAGUAGCGACCUCUGUCGGAUUUUACGAUUUUCACGUGGUGUGACGUCGAUCGCUGCAGGUUUUAUGCUGAUAGUGAUAGCAGUUGACCGAUAUUUACGUGUGUGUAAAUACACAGAGACUCAGAUCUCAACCACUCUCGCUAAACGACUGUGCAUUCUAUCCCUACCUGUAUCUCUCAGCAUAUCAUGGCCUGCACUGUUUGUCUUCGGAAACUUCGACCGAAGAACUCCUCCAGAUAUUAUUCUUCAGACUUCCUGUAGCACAGUUCAGCACCUACGAGGGACGAUAUAUCCUCGUCUAUACUUCAGCAUGAUGUUCCUCAUAUUCGUCAUUGUGUCUACAUGUUUAUUUUUUUUCUACAUCUCAGUCGGUAUUAAACUCUGCCGUCUUCGAUCAAAGUCUAAGCUUUCCAUUUCAAAUGUGAUGACUGAAAAAUGUAAACAAAGUCAAUCCGGCAAUUGCCUACCUGACCUGUCAACAGAGGUAUCUCGUUCAAACACAUUAAAGAACCAGGAUAGGAACAUCCGAAAUCCAGCCGUUCGGAAAUCCUCAUAUGUGGAUUUAUCCAAAGUCUCCGUUAAUUUGAAGCUGAUGCGAAGGCGAUCUACUCGGAUCAUGAAAAGUCAGAAAACAUCGCUUACCCUGUUUCUAAUCACAGCGCUUGAAUUUAUCGGUUUUCUUCCCUAUGUUGUUCUUAUGAUGUGCACGUCUUUUAUACCGCAUUUCCCGGGAAGAUUAUCAGAAUCCCAGCAAAUCUGGUACAAUAUUGGUUUACUGUCGUAUUUUCUUGGUAACGCAUUCAACCCUGUAAUAUACGGCUUUUUCAGUGGAAAUUUUAGGCGAAAAUGUGUGGAAAUAUUGCAAUCCGUUCGAAAUACUAAGAACGAACGUCACACGUGUAGUUCUGUUACAGACAAGAGAGUAUCUACAUCUAAGUAAGAAAAGGCUAUAACGGCUCAACGUCAGCCUUUUUUCCCCAAAUCCGUAGCAUUUGGAAUAAGCCACCGAUUGAAAACUUUUUGAACAGAGAAAGUUAAAGAUUGUAUACACUGUCCUUGAUGUCUCCAAUAAACGAUUUACCUACACAGUAAAAAAAAAACACUCUACAGAGGAUGACACAUUAGUCACCUCAUAUGGAGGUCUUACGUACUAUCAUAGUAAUCACCCAGAGGUCACCCAGCCCGCGCCCAUGUCCGUUCCAGGGAGCUGUCUGAUCCUUAGGAAACCAUGGUCAAUAAUAUACUGGCACGAUCACAUUCUUGGUGAUUGGUAUUAUGCAUGCCUCGGUCGGUAACGGUCAUCUUUGCUCCAUAAAUCAUCAUAUCGAUAGAAGCAAAGUGUCAUAAUUGUUUUAUUACAUUGCGUUAUCAAAACAAGAACACAGAAUGCUAAAUCAGAGUCUCUGGCUAAAUGUAUGAUCUCAUGCAAUUUAAAUUGCAUCUAAUUCCAUUAGAAGAUGUUUUCGACAUGUCGUCUCGUAAACCGUAGGGUGGAAGGCAGCGAAACUUUACAUGAGUGUUCGUAGCGCCCAAGAGUGUGUUUGUUUUUUGAUCGGUCAUUUUCGACCAGUUAGCUGAACCGAGGCCUCUGAUUGGUCAAAAUUUAGAUAUUGUCCGAUUUUGGUGAAAUUUGGAAUGACAUUACAACAUUAUUGCUAUUGUAAUAACGACAUCACCACGCACGUGCAAGACAUUAUCACGUGAUCGAUAGUUCAUAGCGCCCGAGAGUUAAACGAAGGGACGUAACUCUGGUAUAUCUAAAUGUACAAAGUUAAUUGGACUUCCAGGCCUGUUUUAUCAUCUUUGAUGAGGUCCUCAUUUGAUGUAAACUAUAACUUAAAUGAAAAGAAAAUCAAUUCAAAUUCUGAGUAAAAUAUAUUUUACAUGAAAUUCAUCAACACAGCAAGAUAAUUAUAAUAUCCAUUCAGUUUUAUAUAUGUUUGUAUAAAGAAUGCUGCAUUAUGAUUGGUCGAGUUUUCUUUUCAUGCCUUUAUGAGAGACAAAAAAAACGUGUGAAUGAUGCGAAAACUUGAGGUCACAAUACGACCAUUGACGUUGCGUAUUUAUUUAUUCUUAAAUGAAAUAUAGUUUCUGAAAUUAAUCAUAAGUACUGAUGUCAAUAUAUUUUAUACGGGUAUGUAAAAUUUGUUUACAAACUGUAUGAAUUCUCGUAGCGGAUUCCUACAAAAGUUUGCAAACAAUUUGUUUGUUCAUACCCCUAUGAAACUAAACAACUAUUGAAAUCAAUGCUUAGAUAAGAUGUAAAAUUCACUUGUGUCUUAAGGGAGUGUAAAGUCCGGAUGAUUUCAUAAAUGGAAAUGUUUUAUUCAAAAGCCUAAGUUCAUUGUUUCCUGAAUAAAUAUACACACUUGAAUUUAAA